UUACUACUUGCCGUAAAUAUAGUUUCAAUAAAAAUGGAUGAUGGAUAGAUUUUGCCAACAAUUCAACCAAAAGAAAAUGAUUUUUCUAUCUUAUUAAAAUGCCCAAGAAGAAAGGAAGCAAAAAGGCGAAAUCUGGAAAUGGAAAGAAAAGUAAAGAAACAGCUGAUACAUGGACGUUAAAAGAAGCAGUCAUGCUGUAUCAAGUCGAAGCGAAAGAAGCGCAGGCAAAUGAACUCAAAGAGAAUAUUGAUAAUUUAAAGCUUCGUAAUGACAGACAGAAACAAAAAAAUGAGUUUUUGCGAAAUGAACAAAACCGUCAUAUAAAGGAUGUAGUGGAAAAAGCUCGCAAAAUGGAGGAGGUUUCAAGAUCACAGAAACAGACACCUUUUGAAGCUGUGGAAAAAGCUCUGGAAGAAAAGCUAGUAGCAAUUAAGGCUGAAGAUUUACAUUUGAGAGAGGUACAUCGUCAGAUCGAAGUAUUGGAUGAAGAUAUAGAAGUGCUGUCUAAAGAGUUACAAGAAUUAUUAAACUACAAGGAACAUGGUCAAACGGUAGACAGAACACAUAUUGAGGUUUUGGAGAAAGAGAUGCGAGACAUGGAAACUUCUUAUGCAGAAAUGAAAGAUUUUUUCAGUAAAAGUUUGGAAGUGAUAAAAUGUACAAUCACAAAGCAAAACGAAGAAAAUAUAACGAAGCAUAAAGAGCUUGCAUCCGAGGGUGCUAUCAGUAAUCUUGAUAAACAUAAUGGCCAAGAGUUUCUUGACAACAAAUGGUUACUACGAGAGGUGAAAAUUAAUCGCAGACAUAUCGCAGCAGUUGAAGCUGAGGUUGAACGACUGGAGAAAGAAAGCAUAAAAGUAAUGGCGGAUUUAUUUGAACAACAAUUAGAAGAUGUGAAGGAAACAAGACAGUUUUAUCUUGCGUGUAAAGAAGAUGAAGAAGCUUCGUCCGACUGUGGUAGCGACAACGAAGCGAUCAGCGAUGGAGAAGCGAUCAGCGAUAGAGAAGCGAUCAGCGAUAGAAAGGCGAUUGGCGAUAGAAAAGCGGCCGACAAUGAAAUGAGUGAAGAUGUGGAGGAUCUUUCUGAUAACUUGAAAUGGUUGGAUAUUUAUUAUCCAGAAUUUGAGAAUAUUACUACUGAGGAAGAAUAUAAAUUAGAUCCGAUGGAGAUCAAACUACUCUGUGUCACAGGCACAAAAGUUCCUCUUCAUCGUUACGAAGAAAACAAAUUUGAUAGUUCUUCAUCUACCACUUACAAGAACUGGGAUGUCAAAAAAGAAGAUUUGUUGUGAGAACAUAAAAGGGCGUGUUUAAAAUAGUUUUGUAAUUAGAUGUAUUUUAUUUAUUUUUUUGAUGAAUAUUGUUGUGUAUAUAUCUACUCUGUUAAUAGUAUAUAAAAUUUAAUUCUUUUC